GAUGAAUGAACGUGCAGUAGUAAGGUGUAAAACAUAGCAAAACGUAAAAAUUCGUGCGUUCCUCGUCAAAAACCGCAAAAAAACAAACGCAAAAACAAUAAAGUAACCGCAAACGGUAAAGUGCGUGUAAAAUAUACAAUAAAAGCAAGUGUGUACUUACAAAAUAGACAGUGUAUUGGACCGGUAAAGCCAAAAAACAGCAGUCAGCCACACAAACACACACACAAUGGAAGAAGGCAAAGCAGUAGUAGGAGUAUGUUGAGUAUAAGUUUGUAGUAGUGUAGUGUAGUGUAAACGUACGAACCAGCGUGUGAGCCGCAACUGGCAAAAAUUGAAGAAGCGAAGAAGCAGCAGACUCAAAACACACAGAUAAUACAAAUAAUAAUAAUAGGUAAAGCAAAGUAAAUACGCAGCAACAAUGUUGAGACAAAUGCAAAAAUAAUUGCAUGCAGAGCUGAACGAGAGAUAAAACGCCGGGUAUGUUAAAGUUGCAGCUGACGAAGGAGCCAAAGCAACUAGAAGACGAGGGUCUGGCAAUUGGUCGACGUAGAGGAGGAGAAAGAGAAGAAAGAGCAGGAGUGCAAUAAUAAUGUUGCUGGCGGCAUCAGCGGGGCAAGCAGCGCCCUACACGUCUUACGAAUCCAACGCGACACGAAAAAUCACCAGCAACAACAACAAUAAUAACAAUAAUGUCAGCGCAGGCACGAGUUCAUCAUCACCAGCGCACAGCAGCGGCACAACAACAGGGGGAACUACAGCAAAUGCAGCGGGAUCGAUGGCGACUGCAGCACGUCCAACAACUGGCAGCAGCAGCAUAGCAUCCACAGCGGCUUGUGCCAUCAUGAAAACGCUGUCUGUGCGCUUGCAUCGCGGCACCGAGUUCAUCAAGGACACUGUGCAAAAGGCGCUCGUUAUGUCCGCCACAACGCCAGUGAUGUCUACUCAGCAGCCGCAGAGCCAGCAGAGUCAGAACCUUAAACGCAAAUUUACUGGCCACGGUGGCAUCAUGCACUCUAGCUCUGGGAUGGGCUCAGGUCUUGGAAGCAGUCGCCACUAUGCAGUUAGCCAGCCAUAUGUUGUACCCACUCCUGCAUUCCUGCGACACUUUACUGUGGCCCCCUCAGCGCUGCAUCGCUCGGCGUCGGCACGCAAACGCAAUCCCAGCACUGAUAGCUUACUCAUGGACCUGUGUCUCUUCAAGCCCAUUCGCCCCAUGCCCAUAACGCCAAUUAAAAUCAACAAAGCACGCGGCUUUGAACUGAAGCGACCCAAAUGUAUGCCGCCCAUCACAAAUAUGUACAGCGAUACCGACGAAGAGGAGGAUGAAGACGGUGAUGAUGAUGGCGAGCAGCAACUGAAUGAAGGAACGGUCAAAACGGAGACGGAGGUUGCCUAUAAACCAAAGUUCAGCACAUUGAUAUUGCCACAACAUGCCACCGCGUCGGCUUUUGCGCCGCACGAAGCCACCAAGAGGAGCAUUAGCAUUGAAGCACAUGCUCCUGUCCACACCAAGGACAACAUCAACACACACACCUCAGACUCAGCAAAAAGCGCUGCUCCUGUCCUGGCAGCUGCCUCUGCCUCAGCUUCUGCCUCUGCCUCGACUGCUGGCUCAUCAAAGUCAAAGCCAGCAGUUGGCACAAAGCGUCGACGACGUGCGCCUCUGUUCACAGCCAAAAAACGCCGCAAAACAGCUGCAUCAGUUAAGGAAAAAGAGCCACCAAUUACAGCUGUCGUGGCUACUGUUGCGGCUCCAAAGCGCAAGCGACGCAAUGCAGAUGCACUAACAGUCGAGAGCAGCACAACCAUAUCGCCAAUGCGUCGCUCUCCUCCCAUGACACGACAGCGUGCACGUCAACAGAUCUCCGCAAGCAGAAAAUAAGCAUAACACUCAAUCAUUCAAAACACACAAACUGUUUCUCCUUCUAUGUUUGUGUCAGCUUCUGUUCAAGUUUCAAGUUUAGUCAUUGGAACGCCGCCCUCAGGCCGAUGGUAAUCCGACACCUAUAACAGAUGUAUCAUAGAUUUAAAUUAGACUACAAAUCCUAAGUCUUUGGUUCUAGUUAAACACUUAAGUCCAAGCGUGUUUCCAUUGUUUUCCUUGCGUCAAAGCGACGUGAAGCAGCUAGGGACAAUUUGAUCCCUACAACUUACAAAUUCUGGUUUGUAUUCAAUGUUAAAGCAUUAAACUGUCAUCAACCAAAUCGAUUUCUGUUCUGUGUGUAAUGUUCAAUGAACUGCAGAACUGUACUUGAUUUGAGUCUAUAAUAAUAUUAAACUGGUCUUUAAGACUGAUGAUAAACUAACCGAAUAUUAUAUUGAAAGAACUCAGCCCAUUAUAAAUUUAUGUUUAAAGAAAAUUCCUUCCCACAACUGAACUUUAAACAUAAGCAAGUAUUACAACAAACUACCAAGAAACAAUCUUAAAAGAAAUGAAGAAAACAUAAAUUAAUUAUAAAAACGAAAUCCAUAGAGAUCGUUAUGUAUAAGUCAUUCCGGAUAUGAUAUUUUCUUUUUAUAUUUUACAUGUAUUUUUUAGUUAAUUGUUUUGGCAAACUUUCAGUCACUUCUCCAUUUGUCUUAAAAAUGUUUUAUUUUAAUUUGUAUAAUGUUUAAUGUAUGUAUUCAAACUGCCUUUGAGGCAAUCGCAAGAAGAUAAACGCAGAGAAAACGCCACAACUAAUAUUAACUUCCUACUUUAAUUAAGUUUGUUAGAAUUUAUAGCAUAGAAAACAAACAAAAAACAGUAACAAAAACACGAAACAAAAACUAAACAAUUCAUUUACUUAUAAAUAAUACCAAUACAAAUAAAAACAAAUUGAUAUAUACAAACAAAAUCCAA